CAAGUCUGUUUUGGCAACUGUGUCAUUCAUCUAUGGCCUCUCUCAUUUACGGUUACACUGAAAACGAACCCUGAUUGAUGAAAUUUAAAGUUUAAGUCAUUAUCAUUUAUCGACCGCUGUCAGCCACGAUGGAUCAAGGGCCUGUAGGGGCCGUUGAGGAGUGCUUCUCCGUUGGAGCUGAGGAGAUGGUGGCACAUAGUGAAGAAGUUGUUACCUCCAAUGAAAUUAUUACAAAUCCACCACCAGUCCCCACCACCAUCCAGCAACUGCCACCAGCACAGGCUCAGCCUUCUACAGUUUACAACAUUCCAACAGUUAUAGCUUCUCCUGGUCCGAUCAUGCAAGUUGUCACUUUACAAACAGUCCAGCAACCCUCUGCGGCUCAAGUUGGUUUAACUAAUGCCUUGAGAAACAUUCGUUUAAUUGCAAUUCAGCCAAAGCUUCCACUUAAUGGAACCAACGGUCGAGCUCAACCAAUCUCUCUUCAGCCCAGUCCUAAACCACAAGUUAAAAUUCAACCUCAGUUAAGUGACCCUAACAAGAAGGUGACUGUCAAUAGCUUCUACAGCAAGAAACCAUCUCAACCUGUCAUCCUGGCUCCCAAGCAGCCACAGCAUGUUGUUAAGCCAAGUCCCAGCUUCUACAAAGAGCAACAAAGAGAACGAGAAAUGAAGGAAUUUGCUCACCUGAGUGAGGAAUUGCAGAGAGGUUUGAGAAUCUUCUUGGACCUCACCAUUUCCUUGCACCACAACACUACUUGGCCAUUCAUGGAGCAAGUGGAUCCUGUCAAGGAUGGCGCUCCUGACUACCACCAAGUCAUCAAAAAGCCUAUGUGGCUUAAAUUGAUAAAGGAAAAAUUUCGAAAGAACCAGUACAGUUCUAUAAGCGAUUUUGUGAGUGACAUGAGAUUAAUAUUGGAAAAUUGUUAUCGCUACAAUGGACCAAACCAUCCCAUCACGAAAAAGGCUUUGCGACUCGAGCAAAGUCUUGAACAGAAGUUGGCUCUAUUGCCCAGUGAUUUACGCUCUAAAUGUGCCCUUGCAGAAGCUGAUUCUGAGCGGAAAGCUCGUCCCGGAUCAUCCGACGCCUAUUUCUCGGUGCUGUUACACCGAGUGAGACACGAACGAGAGCAACGUGAACAAUUGUUAAAGGAAAAAAGAGCAGAAGAACAACGAUUGAAACGAGAAGAGAAGGAACGUCAACGCUGUCUUUGGGCAGAACGAAUGAUGAACCCAGAGGUGAAAGCCCAAAUGAAAACUAUGUGGGAAAUACCACAAAUAGGACAUUUUCUGCAUCUCGCUCGUGGAGCUCUGCACAUUGGCGAAAUUGCUCAGUACGAAUUGGAACACAUGUUCCUCAUGCCCGAGGCCUCAGCUUUAUUGGCUACCCUCAUGACAUCGUUACUCAGUUCUCCCAAUCAACGGGUUAAAUUAGCUGAAUCACCUCCGACGCCUUACGGUGUCUGGUCCGCGAAGGUCAACAGCCGAGUCGCUGAAUGGUACCGGAACUACAACCGGGAAGGACGACAAUUUGUGAAAUUACACGAACUACUCGGUUUGGAGCCCAUGUUCUGGCGGGUUUGUGGCGAUACAAAUCCACUAGAAGGAGGUAAGCUCUACCACCAGUUGAGCUUUUUGAAAAGGGUCUGGAUCUUCAAAGGUAUCUGCGAUACGGUGGCCCAUUCGCACAAAACCGUGCAGGAAGCCAUGGUGGAAGAGGAAGGGCCAGAAUCACGGCAAGUGACUCUUGGUCAAGACGCGAAUGGAUUUACUUAUCUGCACUUUCCGGCUGUAAGUGGGUCAGAUAUUCGCGUCUAUCGGCAAAAAGCUUAUGAUGUUGAAGACGAUCCGAUUUGGGGACCCAUUGUGGCCGAACGGCGUGAAGCAGAAGAGGAGCGAAUCCGUGAAGAAGAGCUUAAAGCGGCCGAACUUAAGAAACGUAAACGAGUAUCAGCAGCCUCUAAACGGAACUCAAAUACUCCAGCGAAAAAGUCCACCCCAGCUAAAAAGAAGCCAGCUGCAGCACGAACGCCUGUUGUCAACACGACUCCUGCUCCUCAGCGAAAGAGAGGUUCUACAGCAGAUGAACGGCCUUCUCGAAUCGGUACACGUGUAUCUCCGCGAACUCUACAACGUCAAACGGGCCUUACUCUUUAUAAAGACACAUCCAGCGAGUCCGAGGACGAUGAGGAUAGUAAUGAAGCUAGCGAAAUUUCCGAAGAACCAGCCGAUGACAAGGAAAUGGAAGUAGAAGAAGAGAUUAGUGAACCACCAGUUGGUGUUGCUAAAGUGGCCCAAAGAAAGAAACGCGGCCGUAGAACAAGAGGCCGCAAGAAGCCAGUUAAAAAGAAACUGCAAAAAAUUGUUGAGGAGCCAGAAGAAGUUGUUGACAAAGAUUCCGUUGUCGAAGAAGAAUCCAAGACGAAGAUGGAAACAGAAGAUGAAUCCAAGGAGAAAAUAGAAAAGGAAGAUGAAUCUUUAGUUAAAGAGGAAAAUGAAGAAGUCGUUUUCAAACAGGAAGAGUCACCAAAAUUGGAAAAAGAUGUCGAAAGAGUCGAAGAAUUGGGAGAAUCCAAAGACAAUGACGACAAAAAAGAUGAUGAAACAAAACGGUCUUCACCUCUUCCAGAUGGUCAACCUAGCAAGAUGGAAAUAGAAGAAAAAGAGACGAAGGAAUUGGCCAUCAAAGAGGAAUCAAAAGAGGAAGAGACGACAAAAUCGGAAAUCAACGAGGAGCCAGAAGAGGAGAAGACGGCUUUGGCUAAGGUGGAAGAAGGGGGAACUUUGGGAACAACUCAGCGAUUCACCGUGUCACAGCUGCUACAAAAAUUAGCACCGACGGGUGAACCAGAAGAAUCUCUACCAGCCUCUGAGAUCCCCUCAACCGUUGAGCCGGAAUCUAAAUCUAUCUGCGUUCCCGAUCCUGAUCGAGCGUCCUACGACCCUUACUUCUUUGAACUCAUCAUUUCCAGCGUGGAAGAAUUGCAAGAAUGGAUCAAUCGUUUUACUGAUCCCAAUGAAGAGGAUAAACCUCGUCCACGUUGUGAAAUCAAACUCCGUGAACAUCUCCAGUCUUUGCUUGAGGAGGCCCAGCCACUGGCGUCUGAUCAACAACAAGCCAAUCAAAAAAUUAGCCAACAAUUAUGGAAGGAAUGGGAGCGUUUUCGAUGCUCGUCAUCGAACCCCCGUCAAUCUGCUGAUGUAGCUGAACAAAGCUAUCAUAAUGAGGACUCUGGCGCUUCAGAGUCGGAUGGAACUGAACCGGAAGAUGGCUCUGCUGGGUCAGACGACGGUGUCCGGCAUUCACGUCGACUUAGAGUUAAACGUAAUCUCCACACUGUUAAUGGCUCGCAUCAGAGUACGAGAAGUUCCAGUCCCAUGGACGAAGAACCAGCUACCAAACAAAACCGCAAGAGCUCAUACAAUUUUGAUCCAUCGUGGGACUCUGAUCCGAAUUCAACUCCAGAAACGCCUGUCGGUCGCAAACGUUCUAAUUAUGUCCCGGAAAUGAAAAAUCCUGGAUUUUGGAUUGGAAGAAGAGUAACUAGGGCAACUGCUGAAUUUGUUGGUGUUCCGGAAGAAAGCGCAAGUCCGCCUCAGCAGCCACAGAAUAGCCAACCGGUAACGACAUCGACGAUUGAAAAAUCUCCUCCGCCGGGUGUUCAGUCUGGACAGCUUGCCGAUCAACUCCGCCAACUUCGUCGACAGCAGGCAUUACUCAGUAGCAACGAUCCCCGCCCAGGUGGAUCAUCUGUUAGUUCGCCUAAUGGCUCGCCAGCCAUUUAUUUCCCAUCUAAAGAUGGCCAACUGAUUCGGAUCACGAACCCAAAAGCAGCUGGAUUUCUCACUCAGCUCAAAGUGAACCGGCCUUUACAGUCAGCCCCUAGCCCAAUUGCAGCUCAACCAAGAAGGAUUCUCAUUCAGCAAAGACCGCCGCAACACCUUCAGAAACCAGACGGUAGUCCAGUGGCACCUGUCUCUAUCGAUAUCACACAGUUAGUUACCCAGGCAGUCCAGAGUGGGCUAAUCGUGACUCACGAACCUCGCAGUUUAUCGUUCGAUAUGGGUCAUCAUGGGCAUUUUAUGGUCACUGCUCAAAUGACUCCGGCAGGACCAAAAGUCAUCAGUGCCUCACCAUUGCCCCGAAAAGUGAAAAUCGCGACGAACGUUCCUGCUCCCGAAUCCAUUCCUCCUGUCCUCAAUUCUCCUGACCCCGCCUCUGAAGUGCCCGCUGUUCCUGAAUCGACUUCUGCUAGUUCCGCAGUUUCGGAAUCAGUUCCAGCGGUUCCCACUGAAUUAAAUCCCCCAACUUCUGUUGCUCACGAAUUGAAUCCUCCUGUCGUUCCUGCUUCUACAGGUCCAACCACCAUUGCAACAGAUAUCCCUAUCGAAUCAACUCCUCCUGCCGUCACACCCUCUCUUGUCACCCCUGCCAUAACUCCCAAGGCAAACGGAUCGCCAGCCGUUUCGAAACAAAUUCUUAUCACUGAUCCUAGACAAAGCAACAUCAUCAGUGCCGAUAUUUUACGUUCAGUUGCUGGACCAGAAGCUGUUGGGGCAAGACUGACCAUCGUGAAAGAAGGAAACGCUAAGAUGCUCACGUUAAUAUUGUCCAAUGGUGAGAUUCGACGACUUACCAAUUCCCAAGUCCAGCAGAUCCAGGCCGCUGUACGCAACAAAACGAAACCUUCAACCGAUGAAGCUGCAACUUCUUGAGUUGGUCAAUCGUUUGUUUUCUCCUGAUUUCUUUGCUAUUUAUUCAUUUCACCUGCGAUCAAAUAAACUUUCUUAUUAUGAGUGAUGACCCAAAGCAUGUCGAACCGUAUAACUUGAUCGCCCGCGAAUACAAAAUAUUUUUUUUUUCGUAUUUGAUACAAGCUGUGAAGCAUGUGUGAAGUGUUGAACAUUGAAACUUUGAAAGAAAAUCAAGCGGCCUCAUACGUGAUGGAUUCAAUUAUACUAUGUCUCUAAAUUCACAAGGUUCUGUAUUUUUCGUAUCUUAAAAAUAUACUAGGGUAAAUUCACAAAUGUAUACAUACAUUUAUCUCAAACAAGCUAAACACGUAUUUAAACUGUUAAGCUAAAAUACGUUCAAGACCUAAUACAUGGUGACUCAUA